AUGCUCAACGUCAAGAAACUCAGCGACCUGCUGGCCAAGAAUGUGGACCCGAAGCUGUACCCGCGCAUGUUCGUGAUGUCGCCGAACGGAACGCUGCUUGCUUACUCAACCCCCGCCAACAUCAAGGAGCUCAGAGACCAAGCUGCUCUGAUUUCCAUGGCUUGGAAAGAACACGAGCUCAACAUCUAUUCAGGGGCAGACGACGCCGAUCAUCAAGGCUCGUCGGCUCCACCGAAGCCACUGGAGACUCUCACCAUCGAGUUCGACAACAAUAAUCUGAUCGUACGCGCCAUCCAGCCCAAACUCCUCCUGGUCCUGGUUGGAGGCGUCCCACCCGCCCGCAAGCACACCUUCAAGAUUACUCCUGAAGCCCAAGGUGGCCCGCGCUACCCCACUGAAGUCUCUGGGCUUUCUGCUGGCCGCCACGACGGUGUCAUUGAACCGUCGCAGUCUCCGCAAACAUCAACCCAAGGACCGGACCUUGUUGGCUCUCCCGAAGCUCCAUCUACUGCCUCCAUCGCCGACAGCACUAUGAGCCAAAGGGAAAAAGACACCAAACUCGGUGCUCUUCACAUCCAGCGCAAGAAGUUGGAUGCCAUGACCAGAUUCAUCCGGCAGGAUUUUGAGAGGAAGGGGUUCGUCAUGCCUGAUGAUGUGAGCUUCCCAUAA